AUGUUGGACGAUAUCUGGGGAGAGGGUGAAGUCUCCGAGACCGUGGAAUUAAAGCGGCGUCAACAUAAGAAAGGUUAUGUGGAUGGAGUGUCUCAAGGUCAAACCGCUAGUCUCCAACAAGGUUUUGACUCAGGUUACCCUACUGGUGCAGAUCUUGGAACUCGUGUAGGAAGAAUCCUUGCUAUUUUGAAGGCUAGGGGUGAUGAAGACUCAUAUAAACAAGCAAUAAAGGAGUUGGGAAUCUCAGACGUGUUAAAGUCCACGUAUUUUGAUGGAGAUUUGAAGGUUAAAGAUGGUCAUCUGCUCAUUGAACACUGGGAGAAGAUAGUUAAGAUUACGUAA